AUGGCCAUAAGAAUAGAUAGCACCUAUAUUCGAAUCGGAACUCAACAUCGUCUCAGGGGUCUGAAAAUCGGAAUAAAGGAUCAUAUCAUACACCCUUUGUAUCAAAAAGAACAUUCUUUUGAUUAUGAUGUUAUGUUACUGGAAUUAUUUAAGUAUUUAAGAUUUGGAGAAACGGUGAAUAAUAUUGCUAUCAGUAGCGGAGAAUAUGAAGAAGAUAUCACUAUCGCUGGUUGGGGAUAUGCUGUGGAGAAGGGUGACUAUCAAGAUAUCUUGCAAGAGGUAAAAGUACCGCUAGUCGCCUUCGAAAAGUGUCAAAAGGUUGAUCAACCCUGGUAUAACAACACGCUGACGUCUAGAAUGUUCUGCGCAGGAGGUAAAAAUGGAGAUGCAUGCCAGGGUGACAGUGGCGCCGGUGCUGUGUCUAAAGGUCAGCUCAUAGGCAUAUCAUCGUUUGGUUUUGGAUGCGGACGCGUGCCCGGGGUCUACGUCAAUGUGUCUAGGCCUUAUAUAAGAGAGUGGUUGAGGAAAUAUACUGGUGUAUGA